AUGGGAAAAGGAAAGGGUGGCAAAGGCAAAGACGAAUGGAAAGGCUGCUCGGCUUCAGGGCCCAGCAGCUUCAGGGCCCAGCAGCUUCACCUCCUGAAAUUGGCCUGCAAUGCUCCCAGAGGUAAAGGUGGCAAAGGCCGCUACGACCGCUAUUUCAAGGGCGACGGCCACGGUCCGCAGGUGUCACCGUUCGCCGCCGGCGUCGCCGCACCGCUGCUGGCGGUGCCGCAGUUCGCGGAUGGCAGCUGGGGAAAGGAGCUGUCAGGCGGCCUGCAUGCGUUUGAUCGCGGCCACAUCUUCUUCAGUACCAAAGAAUUGUACUUUGAGGUUCUUGGCCAGUGCUCAGUGCAUUUAGCGGUGCCAGCGCCUACGAAGAUCGACGGAAGGGACCGUCAAGAGUUUGCCAACAGCGGCCCAGUGGAGCUGGCAGGGAGGAGCUUCCGCAACCUCCAGGAGCUGCGGUCUGAGAUUGUCACCUUGCGAAAGGCCCACUCCAACCCACCGAGACGUUUGGAGCCCGAAGCAGAGAGGCUGAUGCGAAGUGUCUUCGAACAUCAUCCCCAAGCCACAGAAAAGCUAAAAGACCUGCAGUUCAUCCAGGUGGCUUCCAACCCCCAGUCCGAAGACCCAACGGACGUCACGUUCUUCGUCAUGCGAAAUGAGCAAGAUGGAGAUGACAUCAGUUACGUCAAGUGCCUCCGGGCCAUGGUCACCAAGGGGGGCGAGCAGAUGUUGCCGUUGGCCACGCUGAGCUGUGACCAUGGUCUCAAUCUGCGAGUCGCCUCUGGCAAUGUGCAGAUAGGGCCGAGUUCUCAAGGAUUUGGCGUGAAGGUGGAUUUGGAGAGGCUCGCCCUCUCUGUGCUUUUGACGGAGGGGCUCCGCGGCCCCUGGCAGCUGGAGUUGGGGCGACAGCACUCGGAUUUGCCACAUGUGCCACUGCGGGUGGUGGUGGAGGUGGCAGAAGGGGAGGCUGCCGUCAUCCGCUGGGCCGCGCCCUUCGACUUUGCGCAGCCGCGACCGCCGAAACCGCCGAAACCGCCGACACCGCCGGGGCAGGAGCUGGCGCUGCCGGCGCUGGAGGACCAGUUUAGGUCGGAGGAGCUGAAGAGAUCACUGGAGGCGAUGAUGAAAGAUCAAAACAUCCCGGGAGAUUUGUCUUCGCUGUCAGUGGAAGAACUGCAGCGCAUUGCCAUGCAGAUUGUGGUGAAGAGCCUUGGUGCAUCUCUGCACGUGACUCGCAGCGCCGGUGCCUGUGCGGUGCAAAACCAGAGCCUGCUGCGCAUUGCGCGGGAACAGGGCAUGGAGCUGACGUGUCAACAGCUGCAGGAUGCUCGAACUGAGUUGCAGAAAGUGAAGGAGGAGAGAUACACUGCAGAAGCCACUCUGAACCAGCUACGCGAAGAAAUGGCCGUGCUGCGGCGCAAAGUCACACAGGUUGAAGGUGAGCGCGAGGCCCCGGUCGUUCCAGAUGCGCCGCGCCGAGCUCCGCAGGCGGCCGGAUGUGCCGUGGCGGCGACGGAGCUGGAGGAGCUGCGGCGAAAGCUGCAGGCGGAGCUGCCGGAGCUGGCAGGGAGCAUGUUGCGCAACUCCUUGAAGUUGAUGUCCAGCGAGCUGUACUCGGGUCCGUCGCGAGCUCUUUGGGAGCUUCUUCAAAAUGCGGACGAUUGCAGCUACGACCAAGAGGCAGAAAUGCAGAUCGAGCAAACUGGAAAUUAUUUGUGGAUCGAGUACAACGAGCGAGGCUUCUCGUGGGAGGACGUCGAAGCACUUUGCAGUUUGGGUUCUUCGACCAAGGGAAUUGCACAAACUGGCGAGAAAGGCGUGGGAUUCAAGUCCGCGUUCGUUCUCUCCUCUCGACCACAUAUUCUCUCCAAUCCAUACAGAUUCUUCUUCGAUGAGACCGCGUCGUGUCCACUGCCCCACGUGACGCCUCAGCGCCUCCUGGCAGAUGCCACAUUGCCACGGCGUCCCCCGGAGCGGGGGACGGCGGUGUAUCUGCCGCUUCGCAAAGAUUUCCCGGAGCUCCUGAACGAGAUCGUCCCUGAAAGCUUGCUGUUUCUGCGGCGCCUGCAUCACGUGACGGUGGGCCGCUCAAGCUUCAGCCUGCGCCACCAGAAUGGCCGUAGCACGCUGCUGGUGGCUGAUAGCUCAGGCACCAAGGAGCAUCACUACAUCAUCGCCCGUGCUCAGGAACUGGCCAUUGCCUUCCCCCUGGCGGGUGGCGGGCCGGCCGCGCUGCUGUCAGCCACCCUGCCGAUCCAUUGGCUGGAAGGGCUGAAGACGCCGCUGAAUGCGCCCUUUGAACUCACGGCCAACCGCGAGGCACUGCGAGAAAACAGCCAGCGCAACGUGGAGCUUCGCGAUGCCCUGGCUGAGCUCUUCCUGCAGGCGGCCGCAGAGCAAGAGAUUCUGAGCUCCAGGGUCUGGCAGUUGCAGCCGGACGCAGAGGGUGGUGGCUUCUGGGCGCCCUUCGUUCAGCGGGUGCGGGCUGGCCUGCAGGAGGUGCCCCUCAUCCCCGUCAUCGACGCCGGGCAGAAAAACCGCUGGGCGCUGAAGCGCUGCCGCAACCCGAGCUCCGAGCUGCUGAGAGAUCUGAACCUUUUGCCCAGCGACCUGGAAAAGGUGGGCCUAGCGAUUCCCACGGAGGAAUUCCUGAGGCAGCUACCUGAAGGGAGCGAGUUCAACCUGCCAGAAUUUGAUGCCAAGGAUUUGCUAUGUGCCGUCCUGUUUGCAGGAAAACUGUCUGCUCCAGUGUGGGGACAUCAGCACCACCUGGCGGAGCUAUGGCAACGAGUGGCGGCAGAGGGUGGUGGAAAGGCAUUGGAGCGGCGCUUGAGUGAAGUGGACUUGGCUCUAAGGGCGACCUUGCGAUCCCUGGCCCUGUUCCCCACUGGAGCUGACGACUGGUCCAGUUGCGACGACCAGAUCUACUUGAGCCUACCCGAAGGAGCGCCUGAAGGCCUGCUGAAGGCCCUCCACAGCAGUCGCGCCUGCGCGGCGGACCGGGCCCUGCUGACCGCAUUGGGUGGUGGUGGUGUGGCGACGGCGCGCGACGUGGCGUAUGCGGUGCUGCAGCGGGGGUUGGGGCUGGCCGAUGUGGAGGAUCGCAGGUUUUCCUGGACCAACCUGGCCUACUUGGGUCACCAUUGGCAGAGCAUUCUCCAGUGUGGCGCGGCGGAUGAGUGGUUGGCAAAGCAAACGCCAGAGCAAAUGGAAGAGCUUCUGAGGAGCGUGGCAUUGCCGAGCUGCAGUGGCCGGCUGUUGCACUGUGCCUCAGAGCUGCGAUGUCCAUUUCUGUUGGGAUGCAAGUCGAGCGCCGCCGAUCGCUCCAAUCUGCUGGCAGAGCCUCCGGGAGCAAAUGACAUCCAGGCGCGGCUGCGUUGGGAACUGGUCUUCCUCCGUCUCGGCGCACAGGUGGCGGAGGACCAAGGGCUCCAGCUGCCGCGGAACUUCUUUGCAGAGGGUGUGGGGAAGGAGCUGGGGCCCCUGCUGGACCACUAUGAGCAGCUGGGAGUUUUGCAAACGAUCAGCAAGAAGUGUUGCAUCCCAGACCGAACAGGCUGCAUUUGUCAAGCUGGCCAUUUGCUGGGUCCAGCCUUUCAGCCCUUGCUGGGGCCGGACGGCAUCGUGGACCUUGCUGAUGACUGCGCCGAGGAAGCGGUUCGCUUGCUGGGCGUUGUGGUGACGCCCACGGCGCUGCUGGUGGCGCAGAUGUUGAAGAGAGCAGCGCAAGGUGGCACCAAGACCUUGCGCCGCAGCUACGAGUUUUUGUCGGCGGAAUGGCGUGAAGGUCGGGUGGAUGAGGAAUCUCUGCUGACGCUGAAGAAUGGGAUGUGGAUGCUGAACUGUGAAGGUGACCUCUCCUUCGAACAGGUGGCUGACGUCACUUGGGAAGAUGUUCAGCGGCAGAUCUCUCUGUGGUCCAAAGAUGGCCUGCAUGGUAUCUUCCGCGCCAUGGGCGUGUCCCCUUCGACGGGUGCGGAAGCUGCUACGCCACCUGAGGCCUCACAGCCUGCCAACGGUCAGAACAGGUCGGGGGAAAGGCCACCGGCGAAAUCGUCAUCGCAGCCUCUGACCUGGCCCGCGCUGCCACAGGUCAGGUCAAUGGCCGAAGACGGAGGCGGCGCCCCAGUAGCUGCUGGAAACUCUGCAAACCCACCGGCCUUCCGGGAGCCGAGCGGUGCGCAACUGCCGUUGCUGGGAAAGUUGCUGCAGCAGAUUUUUUACAGUGCCGGAGGCGAUGAUAUGCUCUACGGCCGGCUGGGGAAGGAGACACGGGAGAUGUUGGCCUCGGACAUCCACUUCACCCACAACUCGAUCUCACGGAGGUUUGGUCACGGCGAACUGAAGGGCCGACAGGUCGAGGACGUGGCCAAAGCGCUGCGCGAAGGAAACAUGACGACCAAAGAGUUGCCAUUGGUUGUGGUGAAAUUUGAGUCCAACUACUACACCUUGAACAAUCGCUCCCUCUAUGCUCUUCGGAAAGCCUCUCGGGCGCAGAAGCCGCUCAGAGCGCAAGUGGCUGCAUUCGAAACGAUGUGCCCCGUUACCGCCAAGUUCAUCCAGCUGCGUUGCUCAUCGUUAGCUGGCCAGGACGAAUCUCUAGCGCAGAGAGCUACAAACAGCUCUGAAGAGGAGGCUUGAGCGAGGAGAUGGUUGCGGAAGGUUGCGGAGAAUGGAUAGGACAGUCACAUCGCUUCAGGAG